GGCCGGCUCCUCCGCUCUCCCAGGCGGCCGCUGUGCGGAGCGGGUGCGCGCGGACCCUGCACCGGCCGCGGAGCCGCUAUGGGCCCGCCAGGCCCCUGGCGCGGCGCGGCGCAGGCACCGGCUCAGAGCCAGUUUGUUUUUCAGGAUUGAAACUCCAAGAUGGAUGACCAGGAUCCUGGGGGCAUUAGCCCCCUUCAGCAAAUGGUGGCCUCAGGAGCUGGGGCUGUGGUCACCUCCCUCUUCAUGACACCCCUGGAUGUGGUGAAGGUCCGCCUUCAGUCUCAGAGGCCCUCAGUAGCCAGCGAGUUGACACCUUCCAGAUUCUGGAGUCUCUCCUACACCAAAUCGCCCUCUGCUCUGCAGUCCCCAGGGAAGUGCCUCCUCUACUGCAACGGCGUCCUGGAGCCGCUGUACCUGUGCCCAAAUGGUACCCGCUGUACCACCUGGUUUCAAGAUCCUACCCGAUUCACCGGCACCUUGGAUGCCUUUGUGAAGAUUGUGAGGCACGAGGGCACUAGGACCCUAUGGAGCGGCCUCCCAGCCACCUUGGUGAUGACUGUACCAGCGACUGCUGUCUACUUCACUGCCUAUGACCAGCUCAAGGCGUUCCUAUGUGCUCAGUCCUUGACCUCUGACCUCUGUGCACCCAUGAUGGCUGGUGCCCUCGCCCGCAUGGGCACCGUGACGGUGAUCAGCCCCUUGGAGCUUGUGCGGACCAAGCUGCAGGCUCAGCACGUGUCCUACCGGGAGCUAGCUACCUGUGUUCAAGCUUCGGUGGCUCAGGGGGGCUGGCGCUCACUGUGGCUGGGCUGGGGUCCCACCGCCCUUCGAGAUGUGCCCUUCUCAGCUCUGUACUGGUUCAACUAUGAGCUGGCAAAGGGCUGGCUGAACGGGCUGAGACCGAAAGACCAGACAUCUGUGGGCGUCAGCUUCGUGGCUGGUGGCAUCUCAGGAAUGGUGGCUGCCACUCUUACUCUGCCCUUUGAUGUGGUGAAGACCCAGCGACAGAUCGCACUGGGGUCUGUGGAGGCUGUGAGAGUGAAGCCUCCAAGAGUUGAUUCCACUUGGCUCCUGCUUCGGAGAAUCCAGGCCGAAUCGGGCACCAGGGGCCUCUUUGCAGGUUUCCUCCCAAGGAUCAUCAAGGCUGCUCCCUCGUGUGCCAUCAUGAUCAGCACUUACGAGUUUGGCAAAAGCUUCUUCCAGAGGCUCAACCAGGAACAGCCUCUGGACCACUGAAAGGCAAGGAACAACCAGCUCUUGCGCGGGUCGGGACAGGAGACUGAGCCAAGUGCCUUCCCUCCCACCCAGUCAUCCAGGCUACCCUCACACGUGGGUUCCUGCUGUUCCCACCACGACCACUCGUCCACCUCCAAGUUCAAGACCAAAUCUAACAGCCGCCCCUUUCUUUGUAUCCCUGAUAUUUGUUGUAGCCUGGCCCCGAGGAAUCAGGAUCUCGGGCCAGGCAGCCCUGUUUAUUCCCCAUCUAAAGAUGAUGACCUUCUGUGCA